AUGGCCGACUCCGACCCGUCGCUCUCCGGCUUCCGGUAUGAAUCUAUGGACUGGAAGAAGUACAUGCGCUUCCGUCCCGCAUACCCUCAGAAGCUGUACGACACGGUCUAUGCCCACCAUCAAGCCAACGGCGGCGCUUACGACUCCGCCUUGGAUAUUGGCGCCGGACCCGGCAUUAUCUCAGCCGAGAUAGGCAAGAAAUUCAAGCACGUUACGCUCACAGAUCCCUCUGCCGAGUACGUGAACGCCGCAAAGUCUUAUCUGGCCUCAGCAGUCCCGGAUGGCAACUUCGACUUCGUCCAGACCAAAGCCGAAGACUUAGCUCCAUCAAAGCUUCCCAAGGAUGAGAAAGUCGACCUCGUCGUAGCCGGAUGCUGCAUGCACUGGACAGACGCCAACAUCGCCAUCCCAGCCAUCGCAUCGAUCCUCAAACCCGGCGGCACAUUCGCCGCGUGGACCUAUGGCAUACGAAUCCUUUUUGACCGCGGCGAGAAUCUCGACGAAGUGCGGGACAUUUACUACAGCAUCUGGGAUAAGAUGAUGGCUCACUCCAUCGCCAGAAGCGACAAACCCAUCAUCGCCGCUCUCGCAGCUACUGAUCACCGCUAUGACCACAUUCCCUUUCCCACUUCGACCUGGUCCUCGGUCCGCAGGAUCCACACGAAUGCUGGCGCUCCUUUCUGCUACAGUUCGAAUCGUCCUGACCACUUCCCUACUCUCCCGUCCCAAGCACUCCCGUCGGACAGCGUGGAGGACUUCCAUGACGACGGGAUGUUGCGGAAGGAUGAGGUGGAUUAUGAGUACUUGGAGGGAUUGCUGUGGAGUUUGAUGCCUGAUUUGGACAUGAAGGAGUUUGCAGGGGAGGAGUUGGGGACAUUGAAGAAGGCGCUGGGAGGGAAGAGAGUGGGGGUGAGGUGGCCGUUUGUGUUGGUUUUGGCGACGAGGAAGUGA